AUGAUAAAUGGGCCGCUCAGGGUCCCUAGUGAAUUAACCGUUCGAGAGCGGAUAUCGAUUGUCUCCGUUCUUAUUGAAUCGAUAGACCCUGCCAACGUCUCUGUAGGUAAGGCGGCACGUCCUCCGGUGGGUGUCUUCGUGGUCGGAAUAGAAGAGGAAGCUGCUCUGCAAUUCAGAUUGUUUUCACUUCAGGAUUCCAUUGCUCUUCUACCAACCGUCGCUUUGUGGUUUAGUCGAGCAUUGUUGCUUCCAGUGGAACAGUGA